UAUAUUUGGCGCUGCAUGUUGUCUAUUCUGCUCUCAGCACUGUCAAUCUACAUUUACGCCUUUCAGAAUCAGUUCCUGAAGCUGGUGCACAACCCAUGGCUCUCAUUGGAAGGUCCCCUGGCUUUCUUUCCUCAGUGGGAACUGAAACAUUACGAUGUUAUUGUUGGUGUAUUAUCAGCUCGACACAAUCAUGAGCUGCGGAACGUUAUAAGGAACACUUGGUUGAAGCACUUGAAACAACAUCCAGCACUGGGCCCUCGUGUCCUUGUGAAGUUUAUAAUAGGUGCUCAUGGCUGUACUGUGCCGGUGGAGGACAGAGAAGAUCCUUACUCCUGCAAACUUCUGAACAUUACUAACCCAGUUUUGAAUCAAGAGAUUGAAGCAUUCAAUCUCCCUGAGGAUACACCUUCAGUGCUUUCUGAAGACCGCAUUGUCAGUGUGAAUUUUCGAGUUCUUUACCCUAUCGUCAUUACCAGUCUUGGUGUAUUCUAUGAUGCUGAUGAUGUGGGAUUCCAGAGGAAUAUCACUGUAAAACUGUACCAGGCAGAACAGGAGGAAGCUCUCUUCAGUGCUCGUUUUAGCCCACCUAGCUGUGGAGUGCAAGUUAACAGACUAUGGUAUAAACCUGUAGAACAAUUCAUUUUACCAGAGAGUUUUGAAGGGACUAUUGUGUGGGAAAGCCAGGAUCUUCAAGGCCUUGUUUCUAGGAAUCUGCACAAAGUGAUGAUUAAUGAUGGAGGAGGAGUCCUCAGAGUCUCUACGACAGGGGAAGGUUCAUGGCCACAUGAAUUCACAGAAGGUGUGGAAGGAAUAGCAGGAGGCUUUAUUUACACUAUUCAAGAAGGUGAUGCUCUUUUGCAAAGCCUACAUACUCGUCCUGAGAGGUUUGUAAACCACUUAAAAAACCUUGAAGACGAGGAUGCAUUGCUGCAGGAAGAAAGCAGUGCCUAUGAUGAUAUUGUUUUUGUAGACAUUGUGGAUACCUACAGAAAUGUUCCAGCCAAACUGCUGAACUUCUACCGAUGGACGGUAGAAUCAGCUAACUUUGAUUUAUUGCUGAAGACUGAUGAUGACUGUUACAUAAAUUUGGAAGCUGUGUUCAACAGGAUAAUGAAUGAAAAACUGGACAGGCCAAAUAUCUGGUGGGGCAAUUUCAGACUAAAUUGGGCAGUUGAUCGGACGGGGAAGUGGCAGGAACUGGAGUAUCCCAGUCCAGCAUACCCAGCGUUUGCCUGUGGGUCUGGUUAUGUUAUCUCCAAAGACAUUGUUCAGUGGUUGGCAAGCAACUCUGGAAGACUCAAGACAUAUCAGGGUGAAGAUGUGAGCAUGGGCAUUUGGAUGGCAGCUAUAGGGCCUAAGCGAUAUCAGGAUAGCCUGUGGCUGUGUGAGAAGACAUGUGAAACUGGAAUGCUAUCAUCCCCUCAGUAUUCUCCACAGGAACUAACAGAGCUUUGGGAAGUAAAAGAAUUGUGCGGCGAUCCUUGUAGAUGUGAGGAAAGAUGAUAAAGACUUGUGAGCUACCACAAUCAGGACUACUAAGGUGGUGUUUUAUAGUUGAAAUUGUAAUUCAUAUUUUUGCCCAUGCCUUUUGACAAAUGGACAGACAUUGUCCAGAGUAGCAUUUUCUAUAGGGUAAGUGUUAGUUUGACAAAACCAGAAGUUUAAGAUAUUUCCUUUUUUAUAAAGGACUUAAUGCACAUGUGAAUUCAAACUAGCCUGUUAAAGAUCUAGAGCUCUACUUGUUAAAUGUGUAUUAUUAGAAUCAUGAGAGGCCUUGAUCUGACCCUGGUACAGAACCACUGCUAUUUGUGAGAGUCAGCAGGUGCAAGCAAAGUUAAAUUAAAUACAUGUGCUGGCACAGAUUUCACAACCUAAGACUGCAAACUGGGGGAAAUAGAGGGGUGUAAAUGAUACUUGCUCAUGGGGGCUUAGGAUAGUUAGCUUUUAGAAUUUAUAUUGAGUUUGUGUAUUUUUUUUGUAGUGAUUUGGAUGAGAAUGAUGCAAAAUAUCAAACUUUGCUUAUACCAAAUCUUAAACUAGAGCAAAUAAUAUAACCAUAUUUAAAGAGAUUACAUUUUCAGGUAACUAUGACUAGCUAGAAUAGCUUAAAUAAAAGAUGUUUGAGCAACAUACAUACCAAUAAUAUGGAGAAUAAACUGCAUAGCUCUGCAAUAUGCUGACAAGUUAUUUUGAAUAAAUCCUCCACUUCAGCAGCUUAGUCUUAACUGUGAUCUUUUUUCUCUAGGACAGAUCUGUAUCCUAUUUACAUAUCCAUAGUUUCUGGAAAAGACACUGAUCUAAACUUUCCACACACCAUUCUAGGUACCUCUACAUAUAUAGAAGUGUUACAUUAACUUAAAGUGCUCCAAAAGAGAUUACAAAUGAAAAUGUCAGAGAUGAGAUUUUCAGAUUACAUGUUCUGAUUGAGAAAAAGUCUCACUAGUGUAGAACAAAACUUGAAGAAAACCCAUAUGCUAUUUCUUUUAAUCAGGGACUUAUAAGAACCUUUGAAAUUAUACGCUUCUAAUAAACUCAAGUAAAUGAAUAUAUACUAUUUUUUUUAUUGCAAAUAUACAUGCAGGAGUUAGGAACAUUAUUUCAAAUAGCUCUCCAUAAAAUCCAUGUUUAACAUUUAAAUAUAUUAAAGUGUAGAUGCUCUCCUGGGGUAGACUUGGACUGAUCAGCACUGUGCAACUUUAAAAAAAUGUUACCACCGUACUAACAUACAGUCUCCGUUUUCUAUAGAGUAAAACUGUAAGGGCUUUAAAUCAUUUUCUAGUUCAAUUUCUUUGCCUUCCAUCUAGAAGAAAAAAAAUAAUCAGAUUUUGAUCAGGCUCAUUUGAAAUACACACUGGAGCAAAUCUUUUUUGGGAAUUUCCCCCUGGAAAUCUUUCAAGCCCAAAGGAGUUGGUUAAGGCCCUAAAAGAGCUUCUGACUUUAGAGUGUGAAAUCUAUUUCAUUCUAUAUAAUAUUUUAGAAUGCAGUGUACACCUUCAACAGCAUAACCAAUUACUUUAGCUUUAACUUACUUUAGAACUUUCAUAGGACAGUUUCAGUUCUGAACCGGGAAUUUUAAGUAGACGAUAUAGCAAUCCUUUGACCUUCUGAACAGUCAUAGAAUCUGUCAAGAAAAAUUAAGUAUUUAACACAGAAAUGUGGUUAUGUACUUGCAGCCUAGCAUCUUAUACCAGAUCAAAUGUUUCUUUCUGAAUCAAUUUCAUUGUCUUUCAUAGAUUAGACUAAUAAGUAACUGGUUGUUAAUGUGCUACUACCUAAAAGUAUUUUCAUCCAACAUACCAAACUGAGUUAUAGCUUCAUGAUUUAUUCUGUUAUACAUCUUACUCUUUUCUUUGUGCUGGGGAAGUUUUGAUCCCCUGGUGCCAAAGAAAUGUGUAUCAUUUGGGAACAAUUAAUGUAUGUUUUAGAACUUAAUUACAUUAAUUAGUUCCAAACAAACUGCUAGUAGUGUUAUGAAUUAGUUCAUAAUAUAAAGUGACAAGGCAUUAUUUCUGUAAUGGAACUUUGUUUAGUUUGUACAAGAGAGAUUUACCAUUGUGUGUGUCUGGUACAAAGAUAUUGGAUUUUUUUUUUACAGUUUCUUUGAAGCUUUAUCUAAAGGUGCACAACAAUGUGUGCUUUUACAGAAAAAAAAUCACCUAAAGUACUUAGAAAACUAUUUUUCUAUUAAGCAUUUUUGUAAAAGCUGUAUCAGAUUUUAUGCCAUUUGUAAUAAUAAAUGUGGUUUUUAUUUUAGAAUAAAACUGA